GGCAAACUGCUGUCUUCAGCAAUAGAAGGCUGGCACUCCCGACGAGGUGUUUGAACCAUGUGGUCCACUGAGAGCAUGGAGCCGGAGAAAACACACACCCAGAGUAGCUUCUUCAACAAGGUGGAUGUGCCUGACCAUGCUCACUAUGUUGUUGCCUUCUUUGUUUUUGUCAUCGGGACGCUGGGCAUCACUGGGAAUUCCCUGGUUAUGUUCGCCUUCUAUAGUAACAAGAAGCUUCGCAACCUGCCUAACUACUUUAUAAUGAACCUGGCAGUCAGUGACUUCCUCAUGGCCUUCACCCAGUCCCCCAUCUUCUUCAUCAACUGCCUCUACAAGGAAUGGGUGUUUGGAGAAAUGGGCUGUAAAAUGUAUGCGUUCUGUGGAGCCUUGUUUGGUAUUGCCUCAAUGAUCAACUUGUUGGCCAUCUCUAUUGACCGCUACCUGGUUAUCACCAAGCCCCUGCAGGCCAUACACUGGAGCUCCAAACGAAGGACCAGCCUGGCCAUCCUGUUAGUCUGGCUCUACUCGCUGGCCUGGAGUCUUGCUCCUUUGCUUGGCUGGAGCUCCUACAUCCCAGAGGGCCUGAUGACAUCCUGCACAUGGGAUUAUGUCACAUACUCGCUGGCCAAUAGGAGCUACACCUUGAUGCUGUGCUGUUGUGUUUUCUUCAUUCCACUGGGAAUCAUUUUUUACUGCUAUCUUUUCAUGUUCCUGGCUAUACGCAAGACCAGCAGGGAAGUGGAGCGACUGGGGACUCAGGUGAGGAAGUCCACCCUGAUCCAGCAGAAGUCCAUCAGGAGUGAGUGGAAGCUGGCCAAGAUUGCCUUUGUCGUCAUUGUGGUUUAUGUCCUCUCCUGGUCACCGUACGCCUGCGUCACACUGAUUUCCUGGGCAGGGCAUGCCAACAUCCUGUCGCCGUACUCUAAAGCUGUGCCUGCUGUCAUUGCGAAGGCCUCGACUAUCUACAAUCCUUUCAUCUAUGCCAUCAUACACACCAAGUACAGGAUGACCCUGGCAGAGAAGUUUCCCUGUCUUUGGUUUCUGUCUCCCACCCCUCGGAAGGAAUGCAUCUCCUCGUCUGUCAGCGAGUCGUCUUUCAGGGAUUCCAUUAUUAGUCGACAGUCCACAGCAUCCAGGACUCACUUUGUUACAGCAUCCUCCGAUUCUACUGACACGGUAUUAGGGGAUGUAGAGAUGGACCCUUUGGCAAGGAAAUCAGGCGAUUCCUUCCGAAGGCUGUCAUCCAACAGUCAGUCCAGCAGAGACAAGUUGUGUAAGAAACAACUAGAGCAGAAGACAACCAAGACCCAUGCAGCAGACAAGCACCUAUCUACCAUGAGGGAGGCGGCAGGCACCUGUGAGCAUGAGCUAGUCUCCAGCUCCCUCACCAUGGCCACUGUCCCACUAUUGGUCCUUACAAGGAGACGGAGCCAGAGUCUGACCAGUGGGAUCUCAAAUGCCAGGGAAGAGGAAGACAGCAUUGGCAGUGGAGUGAGCAGCCACAAGAGUGACUCUGUCAACUCGCUGAAUUUUGAAAGGAUUCAGCCCUCUGACCAGAAGCUUCCUCUGAGUGUUCCACGCAUCAUCGUCAUCAGUCCUACGUCUGAGAGCAGCCUGACCAAUCAGGAGAGCAUCUACUUGGAAGAGAUAUCUGCAGGGAACAAUGUUGUGGUCAGUCUAAACCACUCAUCAGAAGUGCUGGAGACAGAGAUGUUCCCCUCUUGACUACCUAGUCAAGUUUUAGGACUCUGAUGAGCCCUUUGUCCGUUGUUACUUGUUGGCAGAAAAAAAGUGAAUCUUGGUUAAUCUCAGUCUGCACCAUCCUUCUCCUUAUUUCUGGUCAGGCUUGUAUUGGCUAUGGAUAGACUGUACCAGAUCAUCGCAAAAACCCUCCAAUUCUAACUGUUCAUUUGCUAUUUGCUGUGCUUUACAUCUGCCUUUGGCCUUGCUGUUUCAUCCUGAGGAACAAAUCCCUUUCCCCCCUUUUUUCCCAUGAAUGACUUUUAGACGUUUCUCAAAAACAUUUGAAAGCCUUCAAGGACAGGAUAAUCUCUUAUAAACCAGCUGCUGUGCAUAGCCUGAUACUCCUGAAUUUACAUUACACUAUGUUGCUAAUAAAAGCGGAGGACCUAGUUCCAGUUUUUGAAGCUAUAGCU